ACAGGUUGUAGCAGCACGCACGCAUUUAAUCCAAUGAAAAGUUUGUCCUCGUGUACACAGUUUUCGAGGCUUGUGCUGUUUCAUUAUAAGGCACAAACCAAGGCGAACAUUUGUUAUGCUGGACACUCGUGGAGCUACAUGGAAAAACACACGGAGGAGAUCAAGAGCGGAUAACGUUUCUGCGCCGAGUGCAACCUCGUGGAAAAUAUAUUAUGAGAUAGACCGUGAGCCUAUCGGAAGGUGAAUCUUCCGUCUUGAAUCACAUCUUCUUUCUGAUAUUUCAGGGGGUACGCUGGUAAGGUGUACAAAAUAACGAAGAUUAAUGGACCGUCGCAGAAUAAUGAGCAGCUCAAUAUUAAUGCGACUGGUGCAGAAUAUCCCGCAAGUGGCUCGACAGUAUCGUACGCAUGCAAAGCAAUAAGACGUUGGCGAGCUGGGAGAGAUACGAUCUCAAAAAUUAGGAGGGAGAUUUUCGCGCUUUGCCGGCUCCAGAGUCACCAUCAUUUCUCUCCUGAGCAUCUGAGUUUAUCAUGCAUCGAUAUGGGCGAACUAAAGAACUAUUCUAAUUUCGACUCACUAUCAAUGGUACCAACACCGCCCUCUUCUGCUUCACCACGAAUAUUGGCUAUUCAUGAGGAUCCUAUGGAAGUAGCGAUUGUGAUGGAAUAUGCUAUCGGAGGAUCCCUGUAUGCGCUUUGUCAGAAAUUCUACCCGAACACCGUCUACUCCAGUCCCUUCAAUUCCUGGUGUGCUCACCACGCAACAGCUUCACAACCCCAUAUCUCUGAGCGAAAGGUGCACCGGGCAGCAGAUCUGUGCGGCCUAGCUGGUACAAAUUCUACAAGAACUGGGCUGCCGGAGACCUAUGUAAUCCAAGUGAUACAAAAGAUUUUGGAUGCACUGGAUUAUAUGCACAAGCACAUGAAACUGGUUCACUUAGAUAUUAAGGUGCGGACAAAUGGCUUGGCAACUGAGAGACUGGCAGAUCCGAAUGUUAGACGAAUGUACCAUCGUCUUCUGGAAUCGCUUCCGACCCCACCACCAUUAAACGUGAAUACAUGGUGGAACGAGAUCGUCACCCCUUUGUAUAAUGUUAAGAGUUUCGCCUGUGGCACGGUGCCACCAGGCCCACUCAAGCACUGGAUAUCACAACGAACAUUAGCACUGCUUAAAUCUCCGAGAAAGACCGUAGCUGGUCUCGAGCAUAACUUGGUCCGACGAGCUAUCAGACGUCAGGAGAAAGUGAGCGCUGAGAACAUUCUCCUGCGACAACCGUAUCCCUCCACAGACGUCUUUAUCACUGACUUUGGAUUGGCGACCGUACUUACAGAGGGCAAGCAACAUCGUGAACUUGCUGGCACACCGGAUUAUGUUGCUCCGGAAAUCAUAAAUUAUGAUCCGAUUGGUUUCUCAACCGACAUGUGGAGUGUGGGCAUACUCACCUAUUUCCUUCUGACAGGCGUUUCUCCUUUUUUGGCGAGUGAGAAGGAGAUUACGAUGCAGCGGAUUACGCAUGGACCAAUAGAAUUUCCGGACGACCUGUUCCAUGGACGAAGUCAACAAUCAGUGGACUUCUUACGUGGCCUGAUCGUCCGCGCUCCCAGUCAACGAAUGACCGCCGAACAAUCCUUAAAACAUGAAUGGAUUCGUUCUCUCAACCAGUCAGAGCAAGAUAUUCAGCUGUCACACCAUGUCGUCAUGAACGAAUCCCCUGAGUGCCUUCAGGCUAACUCCACUUCACAGCAGAUACCGUGUGGCGAUGUUGCAGCAGAACUCGACAUACCGUCAGUGAAUAAAAUAAUAGAUAAUGACGCGAAAAAUGGUGAUUCCACCUGCAAGGCGCAUGCAGAAUCAGCGCGCGUCAACUCAGGGGCUAUUACCAAGUUGCGUCGGGUCACUAAGAGAAAACCUAGCCUUGAAUUACUCCUCAGAAUGGACCCAACUAUCCUCUCCUCGAAGCCACUAGAUGCCAGCACUAUUAACACGUAUAUUCAAAGUCUUCUUCUCUCGAACUCGCUGGUCAUUCAAUCCAAAACAAGGAAAUCAUUUUCAAUGGAUAGUAUGUUCAUUCGGUCAGUUUCUGCACCCCCAAGCACAUUUACCCCAGCACAUUGCGAGCAAACAUGCGACACGUAUGACCUUCAUCAUCUUGAACGAGGUCGGAGUUCUAAACGCGUCACUCGCACCACUCACUUGACAGUCAGAAUGGUCCCAAACCUGGUGGCGAAACCAUCAGAGAAGUUAGAACACUCGGUGUCGACGAUGUUUUACCUCAAGUUCCCAGACCUCGGCGAAAUUACGAAAGCUGAUGGAGAUAGCUGGAAAGUUUGUAACUCCCAGUUGAAGCAAGAGCGCACUCCCAGAAUGAAAUUGAUCGCAUCCAGAACGUGAAGAGUCCUGCACUCGACUGGCCAGUCAGUAGUUCUUCAGAAGUGGUCCAAAAACCACAAUGUCAACAAAAACGGAGUAUCAUCUUUCGAUUCUGUCACCGGUUGUUGGUUAUCUUGGACAGUAUUCUUAGCGCUGACUACAUUACCUCCUUAUGGCCACCUCAUCGGUCAAGUAAAUAGGUUUGGCUAACUGUACCACAAACAGAGCUCAUACGUACAACUCUAGGCCGUACUCACCACCAUUUCUUUAUCACUUUCUCUGGCAUAUGCAAAUUUACGAUAACCCGGAGAACUCAUUUUGCCGACGUAUGUGAUAUUCAGCAUGAGUGAUAAAGCGCCCUUCUCGUCAACUUAGACCCUUUUGAUUGUCUUGUUUUCUUAUUGAGCAGUCACCUCUUUCCGAGUUCACUGUACCUACUUGGUUUUCGUUUCUCGUGUUUACCUCGUGCCUUACCUCAGCUGUACUGGGUAAGGCAAGUAUGUUUGAAAAGUCCCCUGACUUUUCACCCAGUACUUUUGAUUUUCUCCUAGAAGCCCUCAACCCCAAUGUAAAGAACUUCCGCAUUAAAAGCAAGGUUUAGUCGACAGUCA